ACGCCCGCUCGGCAACGGAUAGCGCCCGCUGCCGCCGCUGCAGGGGCAACGGCGAAGGCUCGCCACGGAGAGCCAGCCGGCCCCUUAGCCCUAAAGGCUGAAGGGCAAUGGCGCCCCACAGCUGCAACACCCACUGCGUGGAGCGGCCCCUGUCGCGCGCGCUCCGAGCCCUCGGCGCCUUGGUGGGCGCCCACCCGUGGCCCUUCCUGCUCCUGCCAUUGGUACUCUCGGGCUUGCUGGCCGCCGGCUUCAGGUUCCUGCCCAAGCGCGACGUCAUUGAUCUCGAAGGUCAGUACACGCCGGUCGGGGGCCCCGCGAAGAGAGAGCGGCAUUUUGUCCAGACGCACUUCCCGACGGACGACGCCAAGCACUUCUCUGCCCAGAGGCUGAUCACCGAAGGCGCCUUCGCCUCCUGUAUAGCCGUCGCCCCCGGGAAGAGCGACUCCCUCCUCACUCGAGCAGCCUUCGCCGAGCUGCUGCAGCUGGACGCGGCGGUGCGGAGAAUCGCAGUCCAAGGAAGCUCCUUCGCUAACCUUUGCGCGCGCUGGAAUAACACCUGCAUCAGCCCCAACCCGCUCCUCAGCUCAGUGGAAGGCGACCCGGCAAAGAUAGAAGCGCUGCAGCCAACACUCACUUUCCCGCUCUUCCAAGGCCGUAUUUUCCUCGGCCCUUUCUUGGGUGGUGAGCGUUUGGGCCCUGGGCAUGAAACGGCGCGCUUCUUACGUACAGCCAAAGCGAUGCGCCUCACCUAUUUCUUGCAGGAUGAUACUACUAAUCGGCGAGAAGCCAGCAGGCUGUGGCUGCGGGCCUUUCUGGAGCGCAUCCCGGGCGUGUUGGACUCUUCAAACUUCACUUCCAUUCGCGUGGCCUAUUUUACCUCAGAGUCCAAAAAAGGAGAACUACAAAAACUUACCAAGGAUGUGAUCCCAUUGGUCACUACCACAUAUUUUUUAACAAUUAUAUUUUCAAUUAUAUCAUGUUCAAGGAUGGAUUGUGUAAGGACAAAAAUUUGGGUUUCGUUUUUUGGGGUGCUGUCUGCAUGCUUAUCUGUCAUCAGCAGUUUCGGAUUACUGCUGUCUUGUGGAGUGCCAUUUGUUAUCACAGCUGCAAAUUCUCCCUUUCUUAUACUUGGGGUUGGGGUUGAUGACAUGUUCAUCCUGGUGUCCUGCUGGCAGCAGACUAAAGUGAAGGACAGUGUCAGAGAUCGGAUGGCUGACACCUACGCAGAGGCGGCCGUCUCCGUUACCAUCACCACUCUUACCGACGUUUUAGCCUUCUACAUUGGAAUUGCAAGUUCCUUCGUGUCAAUUCAGUCAUUUUGCAUCUAUACAGGCACAGCUUUCAUCUUCUGCUACUUAUACAACCUGACAUUCCUUGGGGCGGUUCUUGCUCUAAAUGGUCAAAGAGAAGAAAGCAACAGACAUUGGCUCACAUUCAUGAAAGUGAUGGAUAAGCCUCAGGAUUCUAAUAGUUGUAUGUACAACAGGUGCUGCAUAGGAGGAUUUUUUGAUGAGUCCACUGGAGCAGAGAUUGAGCAUCCCAUGAAUGGAUUCUUUAGACAUUACUAUGGUCCGUUCCUUAUGCAGUCCUGGACCAAGUUAUUUGUGAUAGUCCUGUAUCUUGCGUACCUAAUUAGUAGUAGUUAUGGGUGCUCUCAAGUGAAAGAAAGUAUAAAUGUUCGCAACCUAGCUUUAGAUGAUUCUUAUGUCAUUCCAUAUUAUGACUUGGAAGAAGAGUAUUUUUCUGAGUAUGGUCCAAGGGUCAUGGUUAUCAUUACAAAAAGUAUACCAUAUUGGGAUUCAGCUGUCCGUGUGGAUCUUGAGAACUGUAUGGAGACAAUAGAAAACUUAUCCUAUGUGGAGAAGAAUUUCUCAGAGUCAUGGCUGAGAAUUUAUGAAACUGUUUCAAAAGACAUUUCUUCAAAUAUAGAUGACCACAGAUCAUUUAUUGGCAAUUUACCAGCCCUGUUCAGACUAAAUCCAGAGUCUGAGUGGAAUAUUAAUGUUAGUGCUAUAGAAAUAUUAGCUUCACGAUUUUUCAUACAGACCGUCAAUAUUACUAGUGUAGAGAAGAAGAAAAAACUAUUAAACCAGAUAAGACGUCUUGCUAAGGAUUGUAAGAUACCUCUAAUGGUUUAUCAUCCAGCUUUUAUAUACUUUGAUCAGUUCAAUGUGAUAAUUCAGAACACCAUUCAAAAUGUUUUGAUUGCCACUGGUGCCAUGUUAAUUACUUCCUUGCUUCUCAUUCCCAAUCCCCUCUGCUCUUUGUGGGUAACUUUUGCUAUUACGUCUGUUAUUGUCGGUGUGUCUGGUUUCAUGGCCAUUUGGAAUGUCGAUCUUGACUCCAUAUCCAUGAUCAGCCUCGUUAUUUGCAUAGGGUUUUCAGUAGACUUCUCUGCUCAUAUUUCUUAUGCUUUUGUUGCCAGUGAGAAACCCAAAGUGAAUGACAGGGCAGUGGAUGCUCUCUACCGCCUUGGUUAUCCUAUUCUGCAGGGAGCUGGUUCCACCAUAGUGGGUGUGAUUGUGCUAUCUAUGGCAUCCACUAAUGUCUUUAGAACCUUUUUUAAGAUAAUGUUUCUGGUUAUCUUUUUGGGAGCUGUUCAUGGUCUUGUUUUCAUUCCUGUGUUUUUAACAUACUUUUUUUGGAAUAAAGAUGCCGCUUAA